AUGGUAAAGGAGUUAGGCAAGAAGUAUGCCAAUGUUACCAGGGAUUCUAUUGAACUGUUUAAGUCAAUGUGCAUUGACUGUCAGCGUAAACGUGUUCGACCGAUGACAAAGGGUGUGGUUGUCCGACCGAUCUUGUCUAAAGAGUUCUCCGCUCGUGGCCAAGUAGAUCUCAUUGAUAUGCAAUCGUUACCGCAUGGUUCUUUCAAGUGGAUUAUGGUGUAUCAGGACCAUCUUACAAAGUUCGUUGUUAUCCGCCCACUGACAUCAAAGCGAGCUGCUGAGGUUGCACACCAACUCAUGGACAUAUUUCUGCUAUUCGGUUCGCCACAUAUAUUACAGAGCGACAACGGUUCCGAAUUUACAGCUCAAAUCAUUUCCGAUUUGAAGGAGUUGUGCCAGAGCUAG